AUGUCAUCCAGUCUGAGUGGAAUUGCGACACCGGCGCGAUCCCGGACGCCGUCUCGAUCGGGGACGCCGACCCCUUCUCGUUUAACCCUCACCCCGACACCAGUACUGCGCCCUACACAUUCGUUCUCGUCUAUGCACGUGCAGUUUAACAGCCAGACUGGCCAGUCGAGCGGCUCUUCUGAAACACCUGAUACCAACUCUGGUAUCCUUGUACAGGAGCCAGAGGCGGAUGUCGAUACGAUUGAGCGGGACGUCGGAAGCACCAUCGUGCAGCCCAUACCGCUAGGUGAUGAGGAGUCGAAGAAGGCGCUGAGAGAUCAAUUACGAAGGACAUUGAACAAGAAGGAGUCAAUACCAGAUACGACGGCCCGAAGGAGAAGAAGGAAUAUAUCGGAGGAUGUACAGGAGCUGUCUCGCGAGCUUGUCAACUCCUUUCCCCCAAGACGCUACUUUGUCUUGACCGACGCCGGGAAGCCCGUCUUCGUCAGCAAUGAAGAGGACCGGGACGGGGAUAACCUCGCUUCUGUAAUUGGCCUUAUGCAAGCGCUUAUAUCUGUCUUCAUCGACGAUGGCGAUAAGUUGCGGUGCAUCAACGCCGGGAAGACACGAAUAACCUUCUUGUUGCGCCCUCCGUUGUACUACGCUUGCGUAUCCGCGUGGGGUGAACCAGAGUCGGUGACACGCACCCAUCUAGAAUAUCUGCAUCAGCAGGUACUCAGCGUCGUGACCGGUACACAGCUUCGGCGGCUCUUUGAGCGCAGAGGCAACUUCGACUUGGGCCGGCUACUCACGGGCGCCGAAAACCUGAUCCACUCCCUGCUUAACAAGAUCGAACUUGAUAUGGCGAUGAACACGUCGUCUCUGCGCUGUCUGAAGGUAGACCCUUCCCUUCGCAAGAAGGCGGCAAAUGCGAUUGUGCCUACGACGAAGAUGAAGGACCUUCUGUACAUCAUUCUCGUUGCGGACGGGCACGUUGUCACCCUCGCGCGGCCCCGCAAGCAUUCCAUACACCCAUCCGAUCUACAUAUACUACUCAAUACCGUCCACUCACCUUCUAUUCUGAAUUCUUCGGCGUCGGCGUCUUGGCUCCCUAUCUGCUUGCCCAAAUUCAACUCUACCGGCUUCGUCAACGCAUUCGUCUCGUUUCUACCAGAGAACGAUGUGCCGCCGGAUCAUGAAGGAUCCACUAGUAGCCACACGGGUACACCUGAUGCCGGGACCCCCGCUCGUGCGGGAUCUGUGACAGGGUCUGCAGAUGGCCCUUCCUUUGAGACGAACUCGACGAAAGAAGGUGAAGGGUCACUUGCCGAAGAGGUAGCGCCUCCGCCGUCCGCCGGUCUUGGUCUCAUUGCCGUGAGUGGCGGUGGUGACUUUGAGGCGAUUCGCGCCUGGGGCGAAGGUGUUGUUAAGCGCAUGGUUAACGAAGGUUCCGCCGUUGCUCUCAUACAAGCUGUGCGAUCCGGCGCCACCCAGUACUCUUGCGCCGACCUUGGCGUACCUGGCCUGCGUCACUUCGUUUACAAGUCGCGGGCGCAUGUGCAAGUGACAUCGCCUCUGUAUGAGGAUCCGUACGACGACUUGCACGAACGACGAAGGCUGAUGACGCUUUACCAAAUACUGCAUGACAAUAUUCACGCCAAGUCUGGACAAGAUCUUCCGCUGAAACUGCAGUACAUACGUACGGAAAAGGAGGGCGUUAUCGGCUGGAUCACACAACCGUUUGAGCUGUAUAUGGCCGUGUCGCCGCGACUACCCAAGACGGCAGUCAUCGGUGCAGCGAAUGCCGUCGCGCGAUGGAUCAAGAAGGAAGAGGCUCAUUUGUUCUUACGAGAUGCACCCGUAUUCUAG